GGUUACUAUGGAUACUAGCCUGGGUGGAGCUUAGAGGAGGCGGAAGUGUUAACGCAGGCGGAAGUGGUACUGCCCUGAAUUCCCUGAGCAGCGAAACGGAGGACGGAUUGAUACUCCAAGCAUUUAGAGACCAAAAGUAGGACUCGAAAUAUAUUUAAAUUAUCGACAUGGAUAAGAGUGACCUCGUGCAGAAGGCUAAGCUGGCCGAACAGGCUGAACGCUAUGAUGACAUGGCAUCCUCUAUGAAGGCUGUCACCGAAGGUGGAGGUGAGCUGUCCAAUGAGGAACGCAAUCUGCUGUCUGUGGCCUACAAGAACGUGGUGGGCGCUCGUCGCUCUUCCUGGCGUGUCAUCUCCAGCAUCGAGCAGAAGACGGAGGGCAAUGAGAAGAAGCAGCAGAUGGCGCGCGAAUACCGUGAGAAAAUUGAGUCUGAGCUGCAGGAAAUCUGCAAUGAUGUGCUGGGUCUUCUUGAGAAGUACCUCAUACCCAAUGCUAGCCAGGCAGAGAGCAAAGUCUUCUACCUGAAAAUGAAGGGAGACUACUACAGAUACUUAUCUGAGGUGGCAUCUGGUGAUGCAAAAAAAUUAACGGUGGACAACUCUCAGAAGGCCUACCAAGAUGCAUUUGACAUCAGCAAGAAAGAGAUGCAACCAACACACCCCAUCAGGCUGGGACUUGCUCUCAACUUUUCUGUGUUUUACUAUGAAAUCCUAAACACCCCGGAGCAGGCUUGCAGUUUGGCAAAGACAGCUUUUGAUGAAGCAAUCGCUGAGCUCGACACUUUGAAUGAGGACUCUUACAAAGACAGCACCCUGAUCAUGCAGCUACUAAGGGACAACCUUACUCUGUGGACAUCAGAAAACCAGGGUGACGAGGGGGAUGCUGGAGAGGGCGAGAAUUAAAAGCAUUGCACUUCACUGUUUAAAUCUACCCACACUCUUGAUCUUACACAUACAGCCCAUAGUUCCCUACUCCAUCCACUUCACCCUAACUUGCCUUUCUGUAUGAUGAGCAGCAUGAAUUGUAUCUGACAUACAAGUCUCUGCCCCUCUGAGAUCAAGGCACAGGGUAAUGUUCGGUUCUUUGACGGCUGAGAUGUUAUGAACACGUGUUUGGAUGUCUUGUGGGAGGGGAGGGGGUGUUGAAUAUGGGGGUAUUGUGGCCUAAUGUUUUUUUUUUUUGUUUGUUUGUUUUUUUUAAGGUAAUUGUUCAUUAUCAGGCAAUGCAUUAUAGUAUCCUUGACUCCUCUCUCUCCUAUCUUCUCAGUGGUUUUUAUCAAAAAGGUUAUUAAACUGUCCAUUUAAUUUAAUAAUCACUGUGAUGCUUAAUUCCCCCCUCCCUACUUCCUGUUUAAAUUGGAAAUAAAGUUUUAUUGGUAUGAGCAGUACAAUUCUGUCGCAACUCAUACAGAAAGGAAGUAAACAGGCUGUAUUGUGACACUGACUAACAUGCAUUACUGUUGUUGUCGUGCAAUGUUCGUAAUUUUUACUUUGCAUGAGUCUAAGAAUGAAAAUAAAAGGGACCUGAGGUUGUCAUUCCAGUUGUUCUCAAAUUUAACCAUGAGCUUAAACAUUCCAUCAGUAGGUAAUAUUAGACUUCAUUAAACUGGAGUGUUUAUCCUGAUGAACUGUCCAAGGGCAGUUAGGUGGUGCUGUUAAACACCAGUAAAAAUUACUUUGUCCCACUUCUUUUUCUUUAACAUUGCUGAACACACAUACACAGUUACAUAAGGUGAAAAGAGUUGUCUUGAAUUGAAAUGUAACCCCACUUUAAAACAUUUAAAGCAUCUAAAUAAUUGUUUUUCCCUGUUGUUUCAUCCUAUCUCCAAAAAUAGUUCAUCACUUUUCUUUUUUUUUUUUCUCCCUGUAAUAGAUCCACUUCUGGCCAUUAUGGAUCCAUUCUAGUUCUGAUUUGACUGAAAUUGACAAUAUUCUCAUUUGUUGUAGAGCAUUUGUUCUGUCCUUUUCUUGGCCACUGAAUACACUUAGCCUGGAAUAAAUUCAAGUUUCUAUGGAAACCAUGAGAACAAACCCACUGUGCUUUCAGCUGUUUGAGAUAGUUUGCAUUUGCCAGAAUUUUCUGCGGCAGUUCUACAAGUUUAAAAAUUACAGUUCAGAUGUUGAAAAUGAUUGCGAGUACUAAUGCUCUUUAAAGAAAAGAUUUUGAAAUUAGAGGAUUUUUGAAGGGAUUAGGCCAGGUCUUAUCAUUCAGUGUCACAAUACCAUGUCACAUCAUUAACAUUCUACUUGGGUGUAGAACACAACGUUCAUGCACUGAAGUAAAACACGUCUCCCCAUAGCUGAACAAACAGCAGUUAUUCUAUGCUUGAGAAAAAAAAAAAACGUACAGUAGUGAAUGUGGAGCCGAGCCUGUCUGUAUAUCUGGUAUCUCCAAUCGCUUUUGUUUUUACUGACCAGUAUUCUGCCUCCAGUUAGCUUCUGUGAUGGUUUUAUCGCUUUAGCGCGCACGUGGUUGUGAAAAAUUUAGACUAGCUUAAGAGUCCCAAAUAAAAAGGAAAAAAAAAAGAAAAAAAAAAAAAUCCCAGUACAACCCUGGUUAUUGACGUAAUACUAGAUUUGUGUAUGUCUUUUAAACAGUUCUAGUUUCACCUUACAUGUUAUAAUCAGGAAAAGUGUAAACAACAAUUUAAAGUGAAAUAAAAGUUUUAUCGGUUCCAAAUUUA